AUGUUCUCCGUUACUGCCGCCUGGUGUGCUGGUGGAUGCUUUAAAGAAGGUUUUGUAUGUUGUAAUAGCGCUUGUAUCCAGGGAUCCAGUUGUGUGGGUCUUCGUUGUUCAAACUAUGACGGCUGUUCUUCUGGUGAGACUUGUUGCAACAAUAUUUGUGUGAAUGGAACAAGCUGCCUUGGUAAAGGCUGUUCGGUGGAAUCAGAUUGUGCCUCGAGUGAAGUAUGUUGUAGCGGAACCUGUAAAGAUGGCUAUGGUUGCAUUGGAUUGUUGUGCAAGGCAAAUUACGACUGUACAUCUUACGAGUACUGCUGCGGAGGAAUAUGUAGCUAUGAAGUAAACUGCGACGAUUUCGCUAUUUGGAUCGUGUUUGGUUCAAUUUUUGCUUGUCUGUUUAUCAUUUUGGUCCUCUUCAUGCUUGUUGUCUGCUUUUGUCGACGUCGAAGAAGGUACUACGGAAGAGUUUUAGAAGGAGGAAGACUACCAUCGGUAACAACUGUGGGAGACAGCAGCCUGUCUUAUCCAUAUCUACCGUCCUAUCAACAGAGCUAUCCUUACUGUCCACCGCCACAAUACGUUCAGUAUCCGCCAAACAAUGUUGGCCCAGCAAAGACAAGUGAAGCACCCCCUCCUUACAACCGUACCUCAGAGGAGGCAUCAGGGGUGGUGAAUACACCUCAUACAAACUAUGGUGCUGUGUCAAAUUCUUUAUAG